AAUCACUACACCUGCAGUUGCCGUAUAUAGUUUUACACCCAUAACUAAACGACAUGUCGGGCGUCUUCUCGAACUCUUUGCUCAGUCAUACACAGGACAGUAAUUAAGCUAUUGGCGGAACCAAAUCCGUUCAAGAAGCUGAAGCUGGAGAUUUGUUUUCCUUCGCCAGCCGCCAUGCUUUAUCGCUUCGUCAUUGUGCUCUACAGUCUCCGCUUCAUUAUGAGUAUCUCAACUCUCUGUUACGGAGACAUGAGUAAAGAAAAAGUAUUGACAGUCGGGGAGGAACUGUGGAAGGAAACACUUCAAUUACAAAUGGGUUCUCGCAUGUAUCAAUUGCGAGGGCUGAAACCAUAUACUUGGUAUGAAGUGAAGAUAUCAUAUCCAGCUUCUAUACCUGCUAGUUUUUCCAUACAACUAAAGAAAGAGGAUUUUGACUUGGGAAUUGAAGGAAAUAGGAGGCUACUUAACACUGAAAAGUUAAUUUUUAAGACCGACAGUCUUGUUAGUGAUCAGAGUAAAUUAUAUGUAUUGGUGACCGUGGAGCCUGAGGGGUUUGUUGCAAUACCACACGUAACAGAGAGACAGGACAUUAUAUUUAACAUAGUUUGUGAUGAGCUGUUAUUGGGCAUCCCCCAUAAGGCUUGGUGGGUAGCAAUCCUGGUAUUGCUAUGUCUUGGAUUUGCAUUUAUCAUUCCCAGUUUUCUUCCCUCAUAUUUACUCCUAAGGAAUGGAAGCUCCCAGUUAUUAAAUCAGAAUAUCCUCAAAGAUUCUUGAGAAGAAUACCUGAGAUUCACAGCAUCCUUUUUGUCCUAUGUUGCACGGAAAACGGAAAAUGGCAAAACAAUAUCUUUUACAAGACUAAGUUAUAAAUUUAAAGUUUUAGAGUUUCAUAAGUAAUUCCGGAAAUGGAAAUGGAACUCCGAACUAGAAUCCGACAAGUCGCAUUUGACAGUUGACACGAAUCUCCAGCUACAAAGUGCUUGGAAACAAAUUGCAUUUUGCAGUUUUUGUAAAUCUAAAAGGUGUUGGGUCCAAAUGUUAGAAAGCUGCAACAUUAAGAAAUGAACUUCAGUAAUCUGGUAUUCAUUUGAAGGACUCUCUCAUGUACAUCCAGACUUAAUGUACUGUCAUUUUAACUUAGUUUAUCUGCUAUUCUUUUAA